ACACACAUCUUGUCAAGUCAAUCUGUCAGUCGCGUCCGCAAAAUUAAAAUCCAUAGUGAUAAUGAAGCAAAAUAAAGAUAAAACCUAAUGUAUUUAAUAUCAUUGAAUUUUAUCUUCACACCCACGUGAAUAUUACAAACCUAAACUGUUAUUGUUACUCCAAUUCCAAUCCAGAUAAGCAUUGGCCAAACCAUAGUGGUACUUCUAAAAGGCACAAGUUUUUACAAUAUUGACUAUUUUAUUUGAAACGUCUCACCUACAUAAUGAUCAGUAUUUCGAACGCUUGCAUUAGUUUGUGUAUUCUUGUAGUUUUCGUCAACAUACGUGCUUCUUUGUCUCAAUACAGCAAGCCUUGGAGUGACAAAUAUGAGAGCAAUAAGUGUCCAAAACUAUACCCAAAGAAUUUUAUCAAUUAUGCCCCAGUAGGUAACCUGACUGCGGGAAAUUACUCAGAAAAAACAGGUCUGAAGGGUCUCCGGCAAUGUGUGAUGGCAUGCUGCCUAGAGGAGACCUGCAACAUUGUGUUUAUCUUUGAUUCCCGCUGCUUCCAUGUGGAGUGUGUGAGUGAUGAGCUGUGCUUGCCGCUGCUGCGGGUUGGGAGCCCCAAGUGGGAGUCCCAUGUCUCCAUGAUACUGGUCAAGCCUGUGCUGCCCAGUGAAAACUGGUCUGACAUCCUGGAUCAGUCCAGCUACAGAGAAGCAGGCAACAAUUAUUCCCCCGAGGAAGAGGUGUACUCCCCAUACACCAGGAACCAAAACCUCCUCACCGACGAUGAGGAAUCAAACUUCCUGUCGCAUUUCCUUAAUAAUCUACCAAUGGAGGAUGAUGAUAAUAGGCCGUAUGAUAAAUACAGGGAUAGUACUGACAACGAAUUGUUGGUGGAUGCAACUAGGUUCCUGGAAAAAGUACCUUGUGAGGUCGGAGUAUCAGACUGCCCUUUCAACUCUGAAUGCAUUCCGCUCGGACUGAAAACACGCAACGGCAUCUGCAAAUGCGUGCCCGGCACAGAAGAGAACGCACAAGGUGUGUGCGUACAGAUGUUGAGGCCUUACUCUAAGGGGCCUACCAUUCCUAUGGAUAGCAAGAAGAGUGGGGAGGUGUCGGAGAAAACAGACAUUAAAUCUGAAGCGCCUAAGACUGUUCAGAAUUUGACCGUCUCCAUCGUUUCUAAAACGGUCCAACUUCCAGACAAUGAAGUAACUUUAGCAGCGUAUACAAUUCCCGAUGAGAAGGCAACAAUGAGCCACUAUAACUAUGCGUGGACGCUAGUUGACCAGCCUAAUGGUGGAUUUACAGGCAACAUGAAUCAAAACGGCGCAACAGUAACUCUAACCGAGCUGACCGAGGGCCAGUACCGCUUCAAGCUGACGGUGAACGGCACGAACGCGUACGGCGAAGGCUUCGCCAACGUGACAGUGUUGCCGCCACUGAGAGUCAACACACCGCCGCAGGCGAUAGUGACGCCGCAGACACAGACGGUUAAGUUGCCGAAUUCGGUGGCGGUGCUCGAUGGCAGCGCCAGCAAGGACGACGACGCAAUAAUAUCAUGGCACUGGGAGCUGACAUCCGGCCCUAUCGGCUACCAGCCGCCCUUGGAAGACAAGCCCACGCUCGUACUGAAGGACCUCAAGCAGCCGGGGAACUAUACGUUCAAGCUGACGGUGGAAGACUCAGACCAUGUCAAGAACUCCACCACGGCCAACAUUACAGUGUUGAACCAUACCGACUACCCGCCGGAAGCUAAUGCAGGUCAAGACGUAAUAAUCUACCUCCCGAACAACAACCUGACCUUGAACGGGAGCCUGUCCACGGACGACCACGAGAUCACCUCGUGGGAGUGGACGAAGGCCGCCGAGGACGAAAACAAGGCGGUCGACAUGCAGAAUACUCACUCGCCUUACUUGCAGCUAUCAAACUUAUCGGAAGGCAUGUACACCUUCGUGCUUAAGGUGACAGACUCUUCGGGUCAGACGUCAGCCGCCGAAGUGCAUGUGUUCGUCAAGCCGCCGACCAACACUCCGCCAGAGGCCCGCGCCGGCCCCGACCAGUUCAUAUCCCUCCCCCAAACGUGGGUAACCCUCAACGGUUCGGCCUCGCACGACGAUCACCGUAUAGUCGCGUACACAUGGCGCUGCCUCGUCGGCCCCACUAACAGUACCAUCCUCAACUUCAAUGAGUCCAUCGCCAACGCGACCGGCCUCACGAAGGGCCAGUACGUUUUCUCGCUGACUGUACUAGACGAUAACGGGAAUUCCGCCUCGGAUAAUGUGACUGUCAAUGUGGCUCAGAACCAGAAUAGUCCUCCGAAAGCGAACGCGGGCGGCAACCAAGUACUGUACCUGCCUCUGCCGGUGCUUAUUCUGAACGGGUCGAAAUCAUCGGACGACUUUCGCAUCGUGUCGUGGAAGUGGACGCGCUCGGGCUCGGGCCUGGCCGCCGGCACCGUCAUACUAGACUCCGACAAGGAGCCUGUGCUUAUGUUAACGAACAUAGAGCCGGGCCGCUACGUGUUCGAGUUGACGGUGACUGACGACCAGGGCGACUCCGACAGAGACACCGUCAGCGUACAGGUGAAGCCAGAUCGUCUAGAACGCAACCUGCUAGAGAUGACCCUCAACAUUCCCAUAUCAUCCUUCACGCAAACACAGCUCGAGUCGCUCAUACAGAAAAUGACGCUGCUGCUGAAGGAUGACGUCAAGAUCAAUGUCACGGAGGUGCGCGGGGAAAUUGAUUCGGGGAACACACAGCUUAUAUUCUUCUUGUGGGAAAAUGGUCAAGCGAUGGAAGGCAUCCGCGCGCUGUCGCUGUCGCUCGCGGCGGCGGCGGCGGCGGGGCCCGAGGCGGCGGCGCGCGUGCGCACCACGCGCUGCCUCAGCACGUGCUCGGGCCGCGGCGUGUGCGACGACGCCUCGCGCACGUGCCGCUGCGACGCCUUCUGGAUGCAGAGCCUGCUCGCGCAGCUGCGGCCGCACCACGUGCCCGACUGCGAUUGGUCGGUGGUGUACGCGAGCCUGGGCGGCGUGGCGCUGCUGUGCGCGCUGGGCGGCGCCGGCUGGGCCGCGGCGCGCGCGCUGCGCCGCCUGUGCGCGCCGCGCCGCCCGCCCCGGAGACCCAAGUACCGGCUGCUGCCCCGAGCCGACCACGAGGACAAGCCGUUCACUGCCAAAGACCUGUCCGAGUCGGAGACUGAAUCGGACGUGUUGUUCGAGAGCAAGAGUAAAACCACAUCUUUCGCGACGCGACUCAUGAACGGCGAGGCGCCGCACACUUACAAGAAGAACGGGCAUUACAAGGGCACCAGGAAAGUGAAGACGUAGCUCAGAAGUUACGUGGUGGCGCGGGCGCGAGCACAGCUGUGUUGGAUACUUUGAUACUUACGCGACUACGGACGACAGGACGGGUAACGUCUAGCUGCCUAAUAGGACCUUUACAUCAGUGGCAGUCUGUAUAGUGCGAUUGAAAUGUAUGUAUCUGAAGGCCUCAGAAAACAUUCGACAAUUUCUAGAAAAAUGUGUUUGUAAUCGAACCUCAAUUUGUCAUUAGCGCGAGAUAAACACGACCUUAUUAAACCUGGUUGAAUGACUACUAUAAAAAUAGUAUAUAUGAUCAGUGAAAGCGCUGUUUUGCCUUCAUGUCAAAGGCUAAUUUAGAAAAAAUGCGUGUUUUCGUAUUAACAAAAACUAUACAUCGCUAGGUUUAAUAGACAGAAAAUGAAAAGAAAAGCGUUAAACGUUGUGAAAACAAUGAAAUAAAAUAACACAGCACCCACGUGAGUCGUUAUUGAAAAAUAUAUGAGAAUAUUUAGCUAGAAUUAGGUAUCACAUAGAUAAUUUUGUUAAAUAAUUAUCAAGCCAUAGACAAGUGAGGUAAUAUGUAAAAAUGAUGAUCUAUGUCAUUGUAUAUUUUGGUGUGAUUAUGUAUUUAUCUCAUAUGUAGGCUUCUCAGUUAUUACCACUGGUAAUACUUGGUGGUAACUAGUGGGAAUAACGUAAAAUAUCUCACUAGUCGUCAGUUUUGUGUUUGGUGCAUUAAAAUGUAAUAAACACAUAAACUUACAUAAAUCAAAUGUAUUUAGAAAAAUUAUGUGCAACAAAAUAAAAUGUGCUGUAUGUAAGAUUCAGUAUGAUUAAAUUUAAUAUUGUUUUACGUGCGAUUCUCUUGCUAAUAAUUUAUAUAUUUUACAAAAUGAGUAUAUUUACAUUCCAGUACUUAAUACAUAAUUUAUUUUUUUAUUUUACUAGUAUUUAAAGCCUUUUUUACUCGGCUACCGCAUGUUUUUGUCACUGUGACUUUUUAAAUAUAAAUAAGUGAAUCAAUGUACUUAGGACAUACAUACAUUAGAUUAAGAAUAUUUAUCAUUUAAUUUUAAUUAUACACAUUGAAGUAUCGAAGUUGCCGUGACUAAAAUAUUGACUAUGUAUUAUGUAUCUACUUUAAACAUACUUUAGAUAUUGUUUUAAAAUCCCAAACAUAAUUAUGUGAUGUUAUGAUGUAACAACUAAUGAUAGACUAAAUUUAAGGCAUAUUCUCUUUUACCAACAAUACAUAUUUUAGUAAUUACUUGCAUUGCAUAUACUCGCAACCUACAUAAUGAUAUGCCGUAAAGCUAUCUUAGAUAAUGACAGAAGGAAAACAGUAUAUAAAUUAACCCUUCGUAUGUCUAAGCACUGACCAGUGCGAACGAAUUUAAACCUAUUGUAUUAUACAAAGUUCGUUUUAAUUCGUACGCACUGAUCAGUGCUUAGAUAGAUGAAAGGUUAAACGCAGUAUAAUUAACAAUAAAAAACAGUAUUGCUUUAAAAUAAUAAAAUUAAUAAAUGUUACAAGACUAUUUUACACAGACGGAACUAGAAAAACAAACUUUCAAAAGCUAUUUACGCCAUCUACCGUACGCCUCUCUCAGGAAACUACUGCUGUAUUUACAAUGUUUAUGUUUUUUUAGGUCACAUUCCAGUACAUAUUACUAAAAUCCAUUUUGUAUGAAAUAGGUAUAAAGGUGCCACGUAUUACGCACUCAACUACUUGUUUUGUGUAAGUAUAAGACUAAGAGUAAAGGUUUUUUUUAAGGGUUGCACUGAUAACAAAAACACUGUAUAUUCAUAAACAUACGUCGGACUCCAGCGGGCAUUUUCGUGGCAUGUCAGAAUGAUAGGUAAGGUUCGCAAAUCAAUCAAUUCACUUUCGAGUAUUUGUACCUAGUAUUUGGUACCUAGUACAUAGAUAUGCAAAUUAACAAAUAAAGCAAAUCUUUCUAUUGAUUAGGCGGCACUCUACCAACAAAUAUAAGUAUGAACAACAGUCAUAAUGACGCAUGUCAGCUAUUUAUUUGUUUUUUAAGUGGCCACUUCAGUGGGCUAUCAGUCAUCACUUCAAAGAGUAUUUACACAUUAAAGAUGAAUAAAUGAUAACGGGUAACUAAUUUAAUUAACUAUGUUACAAAUAGAUUUUUUUGUAAACCUUACUUUGCCCUCAAACUGCCCCCUAUAGUCCGACGUUUGUUCAUAAAUAUCGGUGUCCAGUGGCCCGGUACAUUGACACCGAGAGGUAAUAUAUGUAUAAGUAUUUUAUUUGUAAUAUACCGGCUAAAUACCUAUCCAUAAUAUCAUAAGAAUAGAUGUAGAUUUGAAUUUCUAGUACAGUCGACCUUAAAAGUCGUGGAAUGUUUUAGCACUUUGUCAUUUGUGCGUUACUGCGAUAAAGGGCUGAAGCACUGUACCUAGGGGCAUUUGCACAAAUAUGAAUCUAGACUAUAAUACCAAUAUAUAUAUAUUAACCAGUCGACCGUCGACGUUAACAGAAUAACAGAUGUAUCAAAGUACUCGUAAACGCCUAAUUAUUAAGUAACUAUAAGAUUACUUAUAAAAUUCCGUUAGUAAAAAAUACAGUUGUAAGAUUAAGAUAUUUAGUGAUCUGUAUUUUUACUAAAGGGGCUGUACAAAAUGUUGGCUAUGAUGAUGCUAUGGAGUCUAUGGAUAAUGCUAUGAAGCACAUAUAAAAAGAACAUGAAACAGCUGUUUAAAUUGUGUUGUAUUAAAAUGAUAGUUUUUUUUUAUAUCCCUAAAUUUCUGAGAAAUUGACAUAAUUUAUUGCAAGCAAAAUCAAUUUAAUUUCGAAAUUCAGUUCUAGUCCUAUUAAUAGUGAUAAUAUUUUAUCAUUAUGCGUUACUAUUUUUCUACAGUGCAAUAUUUGUUAAAAGUAAUUUUUAUUUUUUAUUUAUCGAAGACUAUGUGAAUGAUUUUUUUUUUGUUUACGUCGAUGUCAUAUGAAUAGAUAGUAUUUUUUAUUGAAGUAGCUUUAAAGUGCAAUGUAUUUUAUAACGGGCCAUUUUAUUUAUUUGUACUGUACACUACACUUUUUUCUUUCUGGAUAUUUUUACGUUAUUUCGUUUGAGAAUCACGAGCUAUUUCUAUCGUAGGAGGGAAUAAAAAUCCAUUCCGUUGUCAUGUUUCAUAGAGUUUGUGUUAGUUUCUAUUGUGGUAACGGAAUGGAAGGGUCGAAAAAAGUAUAGAAAUUUUAUUUAAAAAAACUGUAAUUAACCUUUUGGCCGCCGGACCUAGUCCGCAAAGACGCUCACUCACACGCCAGAGUAAAUUUUAAGUAAACAACUAAUAAAAAGUUUAGGGAUUGCAAAUUGUGAUAUCGAUAUUUACAAUUUAUGGUAAAAAUCUUCUCAAUUUGGCUUUGUUCUUAACCAACUUUAAUUUAUUUCGAGAAUGCCAAAAAUUAACAUAUUUUUUACACACGACAAUGUUAAAAAUAAAGGUCUUUAUCAUUAAAAACAACCACUAAACAAUAUCGAUUCAUGACGUAAUAUCACCGCACUAAGCUCUACGAGAAGUCUUGUAUACAUGACAACGGCGCGUAUGGACUGCCCGCAGUGCAGACCGACAAGGACCGUUUCCGCGCGGAUUAAGUAAUAAUAGUCUCUAGGUCAACGGCGUAAGCGCUUGUCGGUACGUAAACUUUAUAAGCGUUAGGUUAGAGCCGCGCAUGGUGUGUCGAUAAUAUAAAUGUACCGGAACUGCAUUGGGGAAAAUGACACGUGGGUUGAAUUGUCAAUGAGUGAAGAACAAUAAUAUUGGAAAAGGGUGGGGAUCAGAAAUGUUCGGGAAUGCAUGUUUCACAUUCGACAUGUUCCUUAGAAGAGCUUGUCAGUUCCCGUAUUACACCCUCCCUACCAUAAUAUUUUUUCGUCAAUUUCAAAUACAUAGGUAACAUUCUCAUGGUUAGGCGACACUGACUAGUCCGGGCGUCCGCCUGUAGGUACCAUUCUUGUGCGAAGCGGUCACUGCAGGGUAUCACUCCCCACUAUACUGCAAAACGUAAUUCAAGACCAAAAAAAGUACCAUUGCAAUAAUUUGUUUGUAAAAUAGUAAAUUCCUUUUGAUAAAUAAUCACGCUCAGAUAAUUUAUUCCUUAGUAAUUUUACUCCUACUAUUUAAUAAAGUACUUUUAUUUAUUUAUUUGUACAUAAAUACAAGACGCGCUAGUAAAAAGUGGCAACAUUUCUUACUUUUUUUGGUCUUGAGUUACGUUUUGCAGUAUACACUAUCAUCUCAAAAUGAAUCAUUUGUUCUGCAAAUAGACCACAAGGACAGAUUUACUUGUCUGACUCUACUAUGGACAGCUGAACAAGUUCCCUGAACUCCGGAGUUAUGCCUGUCUCUCUCUCGUUUAACGUAUUCUAGUUACUAGUUAUCACCAAUUGGCAUUUAACAGAUGUUCAAAUGCUUAAAUAAAACCAGAUUGGCCACUUGAUAUUUAAUUUGAAUAUUCUCUAGAGAUGCACCGGAUAUUCGGUUACUAUCCGGUAUCCGGCCUAUCCAGCCAGUAUUUUAAUAUCCGGCCGGAUACCGGAUAGUACCAUUGCUUGAUUUUGGAGUAAACAAAUUGGAUUUAAGAAACAGUCACGGUCAUAAUCGUACUUGAUUAUUAUUUUAAAACAAUUUAGAGAUUCCACUGACUUCGAACUCAUUUCGAACCUAGAAAUGUGUCCGCGCGAACGUUCACUUAGAAACAGGUCAAAACUGCAGAAUGCGCACCUGAAAAACCGAAAUGUAGGUGCAGCUCCGCUGGCCGAAUAUUCGGCGGCCGGAUACCAGAUAUUCGGCCGAUGGUCAGGCCGAAUAUCCGGUAUCCGGCCAAACAACAAAUCCGUUGCACCUCUAAUAUUCUCAUAUCGAGUUAACAUUCCCAUCCCUAGCUGUCUUGUACAGUCAGCAUCAGAUAUACCUGAGCGGGUAAGGUGUCCAAGAAAACAUAUACACUUCAAUCGUCACAAAAAUAAGGACAUCUAAGUUGUCAUUUUAGCAUAGGCUUUCAGUUCGUCACAUAUAUCUUAACUUCUGAGUUUUUCUUUAACACAUACACCCUUAUUUAAUCACAAUGACAAUAACGGUUAGAAACUCAGUGGUAACUAAGCACUCAAAUUCAAGCUGCUGUCAUUAAUACCUACACGCACUGCCAAUCACGUACGUCAGCAGCCAGGGUGCCACCAGUUGCUAAGCAGUUGUUAUUUCAAUGGUAACUAAGCAUCAACAUUUUAUCUGUUUAACUUUUUAAAAAAUACUGUAGCAGCUACGAAUUGACACCUCCUUUCUUAAAGAAGUAUUUUAUCGUCAAGUGUCAAACUUAGACAAUAAAUAAGUAGGUUUUACGAGAAUCAUAGGUUUUUUUUAUUUUACCUGUCAUAGGCGGCCGUUCUUCCAAAUCGUAGAGCAUAUUAUAUGUUAAUAUAUUCAUUUAGCCCGCUUAUUGUACUAAAAUAUACUAUAUAGUACUAAAAUACGAUGCUCCGAAUCGAUCAAAGAACGAAGGAGAAAAUAAUAGAAUUGAAACUUAACACGUUCUCUGUCCCAAUCUGACAUGUAAACCUUAUGGCUUUGUAAUAGAGGCUAGCCGUUAAAACCAUCACUGCCAUGCAUAUACACCUACGUAAUAUGCUAACUGUUGACCAUAGGAAUGACGAAUUUUGUUUUUACAACUUAGCAGAGAGGAUAGAGUAUACGGAGUUAUAUACAGUAUGUAUAAGAACGAAAGGCCAAGAAAGAGACCCAUUAAUAUUUAGGUCAUACUGAGCAACUUUUACUAUGGGAGCAACCCCGAAACCCCGGAAAAAAAUUACUCUCCCAUAGAAAAUUUCAACAUCAGACCAGCAAAAUGUAUGAAACUUCCAAGUAUUUUUCCGCGUUUUCGGGGUUGAUCCCAUAGUAAAAGUUGUUCAGUAUGACCUAAACAUUAAUGGGUCUCUUUCUUGGCCUUUCGUUCAAACUAACGUUGAUACAUACUGUAUAUCUUUGAACUUAUUGUUAGUAUAACCAGUAUAACGUAGCAGUAAACAUCAAAUGGCAUUCCGCACAGGAGUAAUCUAAGGAACGCUUACUGCGGGUUCAAACCUACAACGUCCUGUUAGAAAGUCGUACAUACUCUACAUGUGACAUAUCUCCAAAAAACAUAUAAACUUAUGCGAAAUUAAUAUAAAACUACAAAUUAAUAAUAGAAAUGAAACCAAAAAAAAAAGCUGUAAUCUCUAGGUGCGUCCGACUCAGAUUUGAACCCGCGGUCUCUGCUUUGAAAAGCAAACGCCUUAGUCACAAGACCACAACGUGCCUUGACAAUUGGCUCUAAAUUCGGCUUCAGUUAGCUUUCGCUAUGUGUCACUCAUUCGUUUUGAUGAUUCUAUUCAAUAAAAGAAAUAGUUUUCAGUAAGCUGACUGACAGGCCUCUGUCAAUGGUUGAAGGGCAAAACGUGAGAUAGAUGUAUGUGAUGACAAGACUGUACUGCUUUCGAUGAUUGUCAAAACGCUUUACCUGAAAUUAGCAUUAGCUACUAUUCAUUCAAUAUACGACCAUACAUGUAUGCUUUAAACGUCUAUUUUUCCAUAUUGUUCAUAUAUAUUUGACACGUUGACCGCUUAGAUACCAAUGGUUUUUUGACAGUUAAGGUAUCAAUGAUUUGUUGUAAGUGUAGAAAUUAAUGAAUAGCGACUGUUAAGAUAUUUGUGACAUGUUGAGCGCUCACAAGUAAAUGCUACCAUGACAGUCAACAACUUUUUGACAGUUUAAACGUUUACCUCUCUUUGAGCACCUGGAGUGUAUAGCGACUUCUGCUGCUGACUGUAUACAAGACAACGGCGACGAGGAACAUGAAAAACGUUGAAAACUGGAGCAAUUUUUUUGAUUGCCUUAUUAUAAAAGAAUGGAUUUAUUUAUCUGCUUUGAAUGCAAUUAUUUUAAAAAUCAAAGACCUAAAACAUUAACACGAGUGUAAAAAAUACUACAAUUGAUGUUUUUUCACAUUUACCGAGCGGUUGAAUUUGUGUCUUGUAUACAAGACAGCGGCGCCAAUGUAUCGUUCUAUCGUUGUCUUGUAUACAUGCCAACGGCGGUCAAAGGGUUAAAGUGUAGUGUUGUAGGUAGAUAAAUAUUUAAAUAAAAUGUCCCACUUAAGGUUCGGUUCACAGAUUUUACUAAGUAUUUUUCUUUAUUAAAUGAGGCUUUUCAAAAUGCG